AUGGUAGUUUGAAAGCAAUGCCGAUUAAUAACGGAGCAGAGAAGGUCUUAGGAUUAUAUUGGGAGCCUUCUAGUGAUACGUUUAUGUUCAACUUAAAAUUCAAUCGAGUCGAUUCAUCCAUAAUUUCUGGAGAACUGAAACCAACAAAAAGGAAACUUUUAAGCAUUAUAAUGUCUACAUUUGACCCCCUUGGACUUUUGGGCCACUUUACAGUGGGUGGAAAAUUAUUAAUGCGACAGAUUUGGAAACACGAUUGUCGAUGGGAUGAUAUUAUUCCUGACGAUUUACAUGCCAUAUGGGAAAGGUGGAGAGGUCAGAUGAAAAAUGUUGCCAAAUUUAGCGUCCCUAGACAUUAUUUUCAAACAGGUUUGCCAACAUCACUACAGCUUCAUAUCUUUGUUGAUGCCAGUGAGGAUGCCUUUGCUGCAGUGGCAUAUUGGAGGUACAUUUCGAAUGAGUACACUGAUACCAGCUUCAUCACUUCUAAAAUUAAAUGUGCACCUCUGAAAAAAGUUACGAUUCCGCGUCUGGAGCUACAAGCUGCCGUUUUGGGAACUAGAUUAAUGCAGACUAUUAUGUCAUCUCAUAUUUUGACCCCAGAAAAGAUUGUUUUGUGGAGUGACUCCACAACAGUGUUACGAUGGAUAGCCAGCAGCCACAGACAAUAUAAACAGUACGUCGCCCAUCGAAUUUCUGAAAUAUUGUCAUCAACAAAAAUAGAGAAUUGGAGAUGGGUUCCAACAAGUGAAAAUGUAGCCGAUGAAGGCACCAGGUCAUUCAACAAUAUUGACUUUUCCAUGUCGUCCCGAUGGUUAAGAGGUCCUGCUUUCUUGAGAAUGACUGAACAUGACUGGCCUACUAGAGUAAUUGACACCACCUGUGCUAAUGAUAUUGAGGAAAAUCAUCCGAAAACAUCAUUAUUGAUUGUUGAGAAUGAUUUUAUUGAUUUUAACCGGUUUUCGUCAUUUACAAGAAUAAUAAGGUCGACUUGUUGGAUUAUUCGUUUUGUGAAAAGAUGCCGAAAUAUUUUUGACGAUUCGGAACAGUAUGGUCUCACGUCCCGUGAAUUAAAUUGCGCCGAAGAAAUAUUAUGCCGCCUAGUACAAAGAGAAAGGUUUUCUGCCGAGUUAAGUUGCAUUGAAAAAGGGCAGCCAGUUUCAAAGAACAGUAGUUUGAUUAGUUUAUCUCCCUAUAUUGAUGGUAAUGGUCUUUUAAGAGUAUAUGGAAGAAUAGAUGCUGCCAGCUACCUAUCAUACAACGUGAAAAGGCCAAUAAUAUUGCCUAAAAAUCAUCAGUUUACGAAACUUUUAGUCAUGCAUCAUCAUCGCCAGAUGAUGCACCAAAAUCACGAGGCUACGGUGUGUGAAAUUCGAAAAAAGUAUUGGAUACCACAAGUACGUUCUUUGUUGAAGACAGUAGUUGCCGAGUGUUUUUUAUGCCGAUCUAGAAAAUGUUUACCACGAUUGCCCAUCAUGGGGCAGCUGCCAUUAGACCGCCUUGAUCCUAAUAUUCCGCCGUUCAAAUAUACAGGACUUGAUUAUUUUGGACCAAUUACUGUAACAAUUGGAAGGAGAUCCGAGAAAAGGUGGGUAGCAUUGUUUACAUGCUUAACAAUACGUGCUAUACAUCUGGAAUUAGCGCAUGACUUGUCAACGGAUUCGUGUAUCAUUGCCAUAAGGAAUUUCAUUAAUCGUAGAGGUGUUCCAACCAGGAUUCGUUCCGAUAACGGGACAAAUUUUAUUGGGGCCAACGAGGAGUCUAAAAGAUUCACCGAAGCCUUUGAUGCUAAUAGAAUCCAGAGUGAGUUAUCCAAGAGAGGAAUUGAAUGGAUUUUUAAUUGUCCGGCUAAUCCUUCGGAAGGUGGCGCUUGGGAAAGAAUGGUACAGUGUGUGAAAAAAGUUUUGCGGCAUACACUGAAAGAAAUCUCACCUCGAGAACAUGUACUACAGUCUCUUUUAAUCGAAGCAGAGAAUAUAGUGAAUUCCCGCCCACUAACUCACUUGCCAAUAAGUCCUGAUGAGGAGGAACCACUUACUCCUAACCAUUUUUUAAUUGGCUCGGGAAAUGUUGCACCUACCCCGCCAGUGAAUGAACCCGACGGGAAGCUUUUUUCCCUGAAAAAACAAUGGAGAGUUCUGAGGUGUCUUCGAGAUAGAUUUUGGAAGCGGUGGAUUGCAGAAUACUUACCCACUCUCACCAGGAGAGUUAAGUGGUGUGAAUAUACUCAACCAAUCAGUGCUGGAAAUGUGGUUUUCAUCUGCGACCCAAAUGUUCCAAGGAGUCAAUGGCGGAGAGGUUUGGUCACUUGUGUCUACACGGGUACGGAUGGUGUGCCAAGAAGAGCUGAUGUGAAGACUUCGUCCGGAGUACUGCAACGUCCGGUAUCCAAGUUAGCUGUUUUGGACAUAGAAAUUAGUGAAGCUGAUCGCUCCACGGGGGUGGGGGUGUUGUAGAUCAGGCCUAUUAUUUGAUGUUAUCGAUAAUUGUUAUUUUGAUUCUAUCGAUUAUUAUUUGCAUUGUCACUUUGUAUUGAAUUACCGCAGUUUGCUGAUUCCUCUUUCUUUGCAUAUUUGUGCUUAUCGUUGCUGAGCGCAAUUAGCUCAUUUUAAAUUUGAUAUUCGUUGAAGAAGGAGGCGCAAAACUGCGAAAUAAACGCAGCAACAAUAUAAACGUGUUUUAUUGUCCGUUUAACGCAAGCCUCCUGCCCUUCUAGCCGCAGUCAGCAACAC